AUGCUUGUGACCGUACUCGCUCUGCUCGCCCAGUUCUACGUCGCACUAUAUCCCGUUGGUGGCCCCAACUUGGACCCUACCACAUGGUUCCAGGCUUACCUUGCUGGUCCUCUGCUUGUCUUCCUUUACCUGGUUUGGAAGGUUUACAGUUGGUUCGUCAGACCAGCAGACCGACCGCUGUUCAUCAGAACAAGAGAUAUCGACAUCUACACUGGCAUGAGAGAGCUUGAACGUGAGACGAUGGGAGAUGAUCGAUUACCUGGUGAGAAGAGGUCUCCCAUGCAAUAUGUCAAGGGAGUCUUCACUUCUGUGUUCUGA